CAUAAAUAAAUGUUAUUAAAUUAUUUAGAGUACAAAGCCGACGUUUUAAAUGUUUAUAUUUAACAUAUUACGUAACCUGAAAGUUUUAUCAAUAUUGUUCCGUAAAGUAAGGUAACGAAGGACUCUCUUGACCUAGUUUUAAACUUUCUCGUUUCCGUGUGACCUAAAACUAUUUUAGCGCAUUUUUGUCACAAGUAAGUCACAAAGAAGGUGAGAAAAAACUGAAAAAUACGGAACAUUUUCUUCAUUGUUUAUCGUGAGUUAUUUUUACUUGAAAGUCGCGAAAUGGACGAGCAACAUGAGUCAAAAGCAGGAAGUUGACUAUGGAGGGAAGUUUCACGCAUUCCUCUCCUAAAGGUCGAUACUAUGGAAGAGCCUCCAAGAACAUCCUAGUCCACAUUAGCCCGGAGAAGUCUACAUUCUCCGGUAAUUUCACACCCAGUGUUAGACAGUUCAACGUAUCCAGUGUGGAGAAACGUACCAGCAUGAGGAAGGAUAUCCUUGACGCUGUGAUGAAGAGGACCGAGUCGGUGAUCAGUCGGGCUGAUGAGAAGGUCUACAUUGAUGAUAACCCGAUGUAUGAGGAUCCCAGAGAUGUUAUUGGCGACAAACCUCCAAAACCGCCACGGAAACGCAACCUACAGACAGAGGUGACCUCACCGAGCACCAAGGAGGGUCGGUCCUCCAAGGAACAUAAGAGGAAACUCACCAAAAAAUACGAAGGACUUAUCACUGCACUCAUAGAUCGCUGUGAAGAGAAUGUUGUACAGAUAUCAGAAAAGGACUCCCACAUAGCAAAAUUAAAAGAGAAACUGAAAACUGUUUUGGAGUACAACAAAUUAUUUGCAGAAGAGAAUGAUCAGCUCAAAGGACAAUACUCCACUCUAGUCAAAUACGUAGAUGAGUGUAAGCAAGUCAUUAAAGAAGAGAAAGAGAACAAUAGAGAAUUAGAGAGAAAAAAUAAAGAGUUGGAAGAGAGAGUCAAGAGGUUUGAAGUGCCUGAUAGAGAGGUGCCCCAGACAGUUAUACCGCUGGUGGAAGUAUGCAUGAGCUGCAGCAGUCGCCAGAUAGUGCUGAACCAGGCUCGCGAGCACAACACACGGCUGCAGAAGGAUAUGCAGGCGCUUAAGGAUGUUCUUUACAGGCUAAACGUCCAGCUGUCGAGAUACCAAGAGAAGAUCCGCAGCAGUGUACCAACAUUAGCGACGGAAACGAAAGUGUACAAACCUGGCGAGGAGUAUGGUGGCCUCGAUUCCCUGCUCAGCAGUCUACCCUGCAAGGGGCAUGAUGCUGGCAACACUGAUGAAGGACACUCCACCAAAAGUGGCCACGAGGAACACACCAACACAUCAAGAGUCGUUGAUUUGUCUGGAUUACUAAGUGCACAGGCUCUAGCACCCCUAUUCGACGCAUAUCAAGAAAACCUACAAGAGAAGGACAGCCUGAUUCUUGAUUACGAGAAACAAUUCGAAAACAUGAACAGAAAAUCUAAACAGAUUGUCUCUGAAAAUAAAUCUUUGACGGAAAGAGUUCAGAGUUUAGAAGAGGAACUGGCGCAAGUGAAACAGAGCUAUAAGAAGUUAGUGGUCGAGAAAGAGACGGCUGAUAUUGAGAAAGCGACUUUGUUAGAACGAGCCGAACGCGCAGAGUCAAAGUUGAAAGAGGUGUAUGAGUUGUAUGAGGAUAAAAUGGCAGCCAUGAUGCGCGACUACGAGACGGUCCACCGCGAGUACUUCACGGUGAAGUCCCAGCUAGACGCGUCGGCCGGCACGGCGGCGCAGCUGCACGUGCUGCGCGCGCGCACCGUGCCCGCAGACCUGCACGAGCGCCGCCUCGACCACUGCAAGCGUCUUCUAGAAGAAUUAAAGCACCAGUACAGUAUGGAGAACGAACGCAAAACAGAACAGAACAAGAAGCUAGAAGAACAGCUGAAGCUCGUGGAAGAGAAGUAUGAUAAGCUGUGCAAGGAUCACGAGGCUGUUCAGGUGGAGCUGAACACUGCGUUGAAGAACGUCAGGUUGUACCGUAAAGCCGCGGUGAUAUUCCGGUCGCGAGUUCAGGCGGCGAAGGCUCGCAUGUCACGCGUGCGCCGCAGCCAGCAGCCCAGCCGGCAGGGCCAGGAGCCGCUCAGACACGCGCUGCAGGCACUCAACACCAUCAAGGGGGAGAUCAAGAUAGUGAAAUCUCGUGCCCACACGUCGCUGGAAGAGCUCGAGCGACGGAUCAAGGAGCAGGAGCGACGGGCUGCGGCUGCGCAGAUAGAGUACCGUCGCGAGCUGGAGCGCGCCAGCCUGGCUCUGGAGCACAAGGAGGGCAUCAUCCGCAGCCUCAUUGACAAGGUGGCCGACGUGGAAGAAGUCAGGCUAAGCCAAACGAACACCCAUCGUCUCCAGGGCAUAGUCUCCGACACUGACAGAUCCCCGUCACUUAAGAUAGAAGAGAAGAGACAAAGCAAGAACGUUAAGCUGGUGCCGGGGCCAGGUGGGUACUUCCAGGAGAAAGACGGCAGAAGAAGAAAGAGUUAGAUGGAGACGCAUAGAAAAGCAUCGCGAGAGAAGAUUCACGCAUUCUCAUUUUCUUUCUCGAAGUCUUUAUCCAAAAGAAACACGGCAGAGAGAGAUGGAUACAGAUGACUUAUUGAAGAAGAUUGUCUUCUUUUUCUCACAAUUUAGCGUCAUUUAGAAUUAUAAAAUUUACUUCCACUAGAAAGACGACAGAAGUAAAGUUAGAAGGAGAUGUGUAGAGAAGCUUCGUGAGAGAAAAUGCAGUCAUUAUUCAUCCAUUUGAUUAUAUUCUCAUUCUCACAUUAGAAUUUCGAAGUCCAUGUCCACAAGAAAGACGGCAAAAGGUCAUGGAUAGAAGACUUUUAUAGGAGAAGAUUGUCUUCUCUUUUUCAUAUCCAUUUAGAAUUAUAAAAUCUACUUACACAAUAAAGACGGAAGAAGAAGGAAGGGUUAGAAAGAGAUGGAAGGCUUGAUAAGAAAGUAUAGUCGUCUUUUACUCACAUUAUUCAACAGAAUAAGGCAUUUGACUGGGUCAAAGAUAAAUUAUAAAAUAGUAAUCUAGAAAUAGAAGCCUGUCUAAGAUGAUCAAAAAUCAAUCUCAUUUUUCGUUUUGACGUAAUUAUGUAUUUUAAUUCAAAAUAACGUAACAUUGAGUACGACGUUUGACCAUCUUUAAUGAUGACGUUACCUGUACUACUGGGGUAGUCAGAGGUGCAUAAACAAAGUACCCACACCUCACCGAGCUUUCUGUUAGACCAACGUGUUAAUGGUGAGCCGUAUCGCCGCCUAUAAUAAAAUAAUGGUCGAACCAAAUAUGUUA